AUGAGUAAAGGUAAAACUGAUGGUUUAGGUACCUUCGGAAUGAGAUGGAAGGAGACAGACCCUUCAUUGAUAGUAAAUAAUGAUAGAAUUUGGAGGAAUGCAAUCAAGACAGAGAAUGCCAUUCGGAACUCUUGGACAGCGAAUUUUGAUUUCUUGGUGGAUGAAAAUCGUUUGAGGCUUGAGAAAAUGGCCAAUGAGCUAACCAAUGAAAAAUUGCAAAAACAAAAUUAUAACUACAGCAGUACAGAUCAGUUGACAGUAGCAACAGUCAGAAGGGCCAUCAAUUCGGAUGAAAUACUUCCCAAACCACCGCAUUUGGAAAACAAAAAACCAGGUACUCCAAAGAAAUCAAAAAUGGAGAGCUACUAUCAAUACACUCUUCCGCCUCAAAAACUCAACCCUUCUGAAUUGGACCCUCUGGACAUCAAGAAAAACAUUUCGAAACUUGAAGAGACUGAAAAACUUUGCUAUUCUCUUACACCCACUACAACAAUCCACUCGGCGGAUCUUUACAACAAGAAGGAAUUAAAACCAAGCUCGAAAGAUCAAAAAAAGCACAGGCGGUCAGACCGUGAGGGUGCAACCAAAGAUGAUUUCGAUGCAUCUUUCAAGACAAUGUUGUCUCGUAAAAACGAAGGAAGGGCGAAGGAGGACCUGUCUCUUCUUUCCAAUAGCGAAUAUGGAUCUCUGCCCACUUUGGAAACCUUUGGUAAUCAUUACACCAAGUAUGGGCGAAAAAAGUUUGUCCUUAAUUAA